UAUAAAAAUUCAACAUGGGUAUUUCAAGAGACUAAAGAUACAAGAAGAAAGUGUCCGGUGGUAAAAUGCAAAUCCACAAGAAAAAGAGAAAGUUUGAAAUGGGAAGACAACCAGCCAUAACUAAACUCGGAAAGAAAAAAUCAGCAACCUUAAACACAGAGCUAUUAAACUAUCCUUGGCAGUCCGAAAGUGUGUCCUUCAAAACAAAAAACUAUAAUACUGUAUACAAUGCUACCAAUAACGAGCUCACCAGAACUAAGACCCUUGUCAAGAAUGCUAUUGUCCAAAUUGAUUCAACUCUAUUCAGAAACUGGUACUUCCAACAUUAUGGUAUUGACUUGUCUGGUAAGGCAGCCACCAUCAAGAGAUCAGGCCACGCCAAGGAUAAGCUCAAGGCCACGCCAAGGAUAAGCUCAAGGCCACGCCAAGGAUAAGCUCAAGGCCACGCCAAGGAUAAGCUCAAGGCCACGCCAAGGAUAAGCUCAAGGCCAAGCAAGAAAAAAGAACUAUUGACUAGAAAGUCGCAAAUAUGAUUGCUAAAGGUAAAGUGCUUGCUGCAAUCUCCUCAUGAUCAUGACAGUCUGGAAGAGCUGCUGGAUACCUUUUGUAAAGAAAAGAACUUUAAUUCUACCUUAAGCAGAUGGAAAAGAAAAAUAAUCGCUACAAUUUUUCCUAAGGAUUAUGCC